AUGAAUUCUUCAAAUGUUGAUCUCCUGUGCACCGGGAACGAGGGGAUGUCUUCAUAUCUGCUACAUAGUAAUAACUGUCACAAUAGUGAUGGUGAAGUACUGGAAUCCCUGCUGCAGAAAAUCCAUAGCCUGGAAAAAGAACGUCGGAUUCUCAAGCUUCGUCUGGAGGCCGUUGAGAGUGAUUAUGAUGCUCAAGUAAAAGAACUACAGACGGAUAUAAUUGCCAUGCGUAUAGACCUAAAAAAGGAAAAGAAAAUGUGUAGACAGAUGGAACGUGAGAAAAAUACUACUAUAUCGGAGCUAAUGCAACAGAAUCAAUCUUUAACUUGUCGGCUUAAUACUUCCAGUGAGAAUGAAGCUCUUUUAAGAGAGGAAAUGUCUACCUUGAGGUUGGAAUUUUUAAAGCACAAGUCGUCUAUGCAAGAACAUGUUCAGUCAAUCGAGUCUUUGAGACAAGAAAUCACUAAAUUACGUGAGGAGAAACAUCACUUAGAAAACCAGUUAAACACCGUUGUGGAGGAAAGAAAUAGCCUUCUACAGUCACUCAAUGAUUCUUAUCAAGAAAUAAGAAUGAUGAGACAUGUGAAUAACGAACACAUCGCUACCAUAAAUAUUCAAGACGCAGAGAUUACAAGACUUCAAGAGACAGCUAGUAUACUUCACAACCGGCUCCAUAAAUUGUCGAUCCAAACAGGUGAACAGAAAUCUAGUAGUAAUGAGGAUGAUCGCGUGAAACCAGUAGACUCUCAACCACAUCGUUCUUUAAUGGCUGAACUGGCUGAGCAAAAAAUGAUUCAAGCAGAGAAUUAUAAUUGUUCGCCAUUUACUCUGGAGGAUGAUGACAAUGUGGAGUUUGAAAUGGAUGACGAUACAUACAUGGCUUACUUAUCAUGUUUUAAUCAGGAUAUUAUUUCAGAUAGUUUGGUACCGUCUGAUUCACACAAUAUUCCAUUGGAAUCUUCUAAUGUGAAUACGAAGGAAACAUUUAUAAACGAGCUGAGAUCGGAAGUAACGGAAAUUUAUCAGCAGAUGAACCGAAUGUGUGUGGAAUUAUGUGCUCUUACUGGAACGAAACAAGAAUCUUGUAGUAAAGCUGGUACGCAUACUCCUGAUGAAUUGGCCAUGGUUGAAAUGGAUUUUCGUUUGGGCUCAUUACGUUCUGUAUUGACUGAUUUACGUGGACUGCUGAAAGAUUUGAGGAUUGAUAUUCCAGAACAGCCUACAUCAUCAAACUUAUCUAAAGAUACAGUAAUGUCAGAUGAGAAAAAAGCAGAAACAAUUGAACCUCUUCGUAUGUCCAGUUCAACUAAUGUGCAAGAUAUUCCACUUGCUAAUUAUGAAAUGGAAUGUCAACUUGUUCGUUCAGAACGUGAUGCACUUGCAGCUGAACUAUUGAAUGCACAACAAGAACUUCUUGAACUCAAAAGUCAAAUUGAAAAUAGUUCAGGAAACUCUAGUGAAGUGCAAAAUUUGCAAAACACUAAAGGAAAUAAUUUUGUUGCUAACUGGGAGGAGUUUGAAGAAGAAAAAUACGAAUUUGAAAUGCCUCUCUAA